AUGCCGGUGAGCAAGGUGGAACACCAUCUAAGAUGGUGGACGACACGUUUAUCCAGACUCCUGAAAGGGAGAUAUCUGCCACUCACCUGCGCUUAGAAGCUUUCUUCAAUGCCUUUUGGAGGAAGCUGGAGAGCAGGCUGGCUCCCACUGAAACCAUCGAGGCACCUCCUGAACCAUCCCACUUGUCCCCAAAGCGCCCUGCAGCUAACACCAUGGGCCCAAUAUACCGGUGCACAGUGGUAAAAGCAGCCUGCCUGCAAGCCCCGAAGCUCAGCACCACAAAGAAGGAAACACAUCGGGUCGGAGAGAGGAGGGGAGAGCAACUGCUGACCGAAAAUCUGCAGAGGUCAACUUUGGCUAAGAACCUGAGAAGCCAAGCAAUCUGGGACACUAAUUUUCCUGAAAUGGGGAUUUGA